AGUUUAGGGGAUUCCCAGCGUCCAUUUUGCCCGGAAACAAAUCUUUUCAAAAUGAAAACAACAACGUAAAACAUGGAUUGAGGUUCAAAACAAAGAGACAAUUCAUAAGGUCAGAAGGCACCUAGUCGCAGCCUAGUCGCAGCCGAUCAUGGCUGCGGGAGAGUACAGAAACCUUCCUGACCUACAGCCAGAGGCAUGCCCAAUCUGUAUGGACACUUACAAAAACCCGAAGAUUUUGCCGUGCAGUCACACAAUGUGUCGGGAGUGUCUGGAGAAUUUGCUAGCUUCUGGAUACAAGUCAGAUGUGCUUGUCUGUCCCAUAUGUAGGAAACAAAACCAAGUACCGCCAGAAGGUGUAGGAAAGUUUAUGCCAAACUAUUUUGUUCCCACAUCAUCAGGGGAAUCAGUAUUGUCUACAUGCAAUGUAUGUGAGACUGUUCUAUCCGACUUCCAAAAGAAAUCUGGAAGAUGUUCUUACUGUGAUGGUCAGAUGUGUGCCCAGUGCUAUCAGAAACACUGCCACCCCGAGAAUGAGAUGAGAGGUCUUCGACGCACUGCAUCACAAGAAGAUGAGUACAGUGAUGGAUUAGAGUUGGAUGGCUCUCAUCGUAGCAUCAGGGACAACCUUAUGCUGCAGCUUCAGGGUAAGGCUCAGAGUAUCAUAAGCGGAAGAAUGGUCAGUACAUUUCAAUGUGAACAACAGUCGGCACAACCGAUCAAGGUCACAAAAAUUGUGGUGACAAAAGAUAACAAAAUGUGGAUCCUUGUAGGAAACGGCCCGUUCAUUAUAAAGUAUGAUUCUCAUGGCAUGGAACUUGAUCGAAAAUUUGUGGACGGGAAACUGUUGGACAUUGCAUUACACACAGAUGGUUCUCUUCUUAUGGUUUUAGAGAACUAUCACUUUGUGAUGAUCUUGUCUUAUACAGACUCCCAAAUAAGGGAAUAUGUGAGUACCACAGACAGCCUCAGCCCACAGUGUAUUCUCACGCUGCCGACAGGGUGCCUAGUUGUGACCGCAGUUAACUUGAGAUCUGUACAACAAGAAAGCAUUAUCCUUUUGUACAACGGUCAAGGUACUAUUAUCAACUCCAUUCAGUGUAACCAACGAGGUGUGGCAUAUGGUACGAUUGUCUCCCUUGCCAGUAAUCUUAAACAUGGACAAAUUUGUAUUGCUGAUGAAAAAAGGCAACAUGUUUACUUCUUGAGGGAGGGUGUAGCUCCACUGACUUUCACUCGGCCUCAAGGGUUCCCAACAAGGAAUCGAGGAGGUAGUUUCUCAAACUCAAGGUAUCGGGGGUUUAAACCAAAAUCAAUGUCCUGUGACUCAAAGGGAAAUGUGUUUGUCUACGACGAUGCUUCAGGUAUGAUACUUGUGCUGAGCUCCUCAGCCAAGCUUCUAGGUAUUGUCCUGCCAAAUGAUGCAGACUUGGCAGGAAAUCCAAACUGUAUAGCCAUUGACUGUCAAGAUAGGCUUCUAGUUGGGGACGAGUCAUCAGGAAAAGUUCGUAUUUAUGAAACCGAAGCAACUUACAAUAAUCUGGGUCAAAUAGACCAAGAUGCUGGGGCAUUUUUUGCAUCAAUGCAGCAGCGUUUGACUGAUUCAGGAGGAGGUGGGAUCCAGGAGCUGGUGGACAUCUCCAGCCAAAUGAGUGUGAAUCCCAACAUGUUUUUGAAUGCUGUGCUCAAUCACCAACAAAACUAUUAAUAAAGAGCAUUCUAUGAAUUAAGAUGUACCACAAAAUCAUGAUUGACAAACAUUCUUAUAUAUAUAGUUACCCUAUUUAGUUACCCUAUUUAAAAUUGAAGUGCAAGGGUGAUAAUAUUUCAAUCAAAUAAGGAUCGAAAACGAAAUGUUUAGUAUGGAUCUUGCAGGCAGCAGGGUGAUAUUCUAUGAAUCAUGUUUUGUAACAAUAAUAUUAAUUAACACCAAGAGUUUUAAUAAUUAUACAAAUACAUGUUAUACACCUUUUUAUCAACCAUUUGUCUACUGUAAAUGAAGAUUGUCAGUUGGUCAUUUGGUAACUUGAGAAAAAUAUUGGGUGUAAAUUAAACACUACUGUGAUAUGUACAGAUCAUUAAGGGUGCUAUAUUUGAUGUUAAUGUAAGAGCAAUGUUCUCAUCUAGAGCUUGUGGAUAAAAUCUGGAGACCCAGGUGCAGCUAGUGGGCUCAAGAUUAAUCCACAUGCAUCAGAUAGGAAACUUGAUCAAACUAAAAACUUGUAAAUACUUGUGACUGUGCGAUAAAAAGCUGUUUUUAUAUACAAGUACAUGUACAUGUAUAUGCAGGGAUAAUCCUGGUGGGGGCCAUUGAUACCUCAAAAAUGAAAUUGACCCUUCCAUUUUCCAUUUUCCAAUUUUCUUUUAAUUGUACAUAGAAUAGCCCCUCUUAAUUUUGAUUUUGACCAAAAAUUGCUGAAAGUGGCCCACUGCUCUCAACUUCCAGGAUUUUCCCUAUAUAUGUAACUAUAUUUUAUAUAGCUAAUAUAUUUUCCGUUCACUUAAAAGCCACCUUGUGUCAUUAUCCUUCAAGUGUUGUUGAGAAAAUGUUAACAAAUACAAGUGUACAGGUUUUGGGUGUUGUAAUGCCUGUCUGUUCUGUAAUUCAGUGAGGGGGGGGGGGGGGGGGGGGGGUCGGAAUCAAAACCUAACAUUGCUGUCACGUUCAGUAAUGGCACAUUGUGAUCUGUCUCAGCAAAUUAACAUUAUCUUAUACAAAUAGUUAUUUAAUUUUAGAAACAACAUUCCCAUAUGGGAAUGUCCAUUCUUAGUUCUGUUCUUGUCUUUUUCUGUGCGGCCCGAUUAAUUUUACUUUUGCAUCAAAUGCAGCUUUGACUUGAAAUGGCUCUAUUGAAGUCGAUACCAUUAAACAUUCUUGUACAGAAAGAAAAUAUGAAACUGAAUUGAACCACAGGUCAACAUGAGUACCCUUCAGACAAAAUAACUGGACUUUAAAAUACAGCAGUUUUAGAUGUUUCUGGUAAAUCUCGGUAAAUGUUAUAUUCCAAUGGUCAGAACUUAACUGCUAAAGCAAUGUAAUGCCAACGCAUUUCCUUUGGUUAAGGAAUUCUUUAACCUAAAGUUUAAUCAUUUAAUUUUGGCUAAACCUCCAGUGUAAGACUUUACUACACCUAUAACCUUAAAAAUGAGAGAACACAAAAAGUGAUAACAACCUAUACUGAAAUGUUAGGCGCAGUGCUUGUAAUUCUAAUUUUUGAUUGGUUGAAGUUGCUCGACGAUUAGUUACUGCGCAAUAUUAUUUUGUUUUUAUCAGAAACGAAUAAAUAUCGUUCACUAACCAUGAAUUAAACAAUAUUGUCUGACUGUUUAAAUUCAAUUCUAAGGGAUAACCAGCAUUGUUGUUGUGGUUAUACAGUAUGGACACUGAAAAAAACUACCGUAUAACCCCAAAAAUAAUGCUGGUUAUUCUUUAUGUCUCUGAAGUCAACAUAAAUUUGUUCCUAAAGAAAAAAUUGCUAAUGCAAAAUGAUACUAAAUUGAUUGUAAGUGCACAGCAUACAUUGGCCUUGUUUGGAAAUACAUGUAUACUAUAUAUAUGUACAAGAUGCUAUGCAAGUGGUUGAUCUUAAGCUUGCAUACUGUACAAUACAUGUACGCGGACCGUUACAUACAUUUUGUAUUAGAUCUGAAGUAAUGCUAUGGGUUUUCUUAGUCCUAAUAUAAUGGUCACCUCAUCCCUCAAGUGUGUAAUAACCACAUACAGUUGGUUGGUUGGUUGGUUGGUUGACGGGUUUAUCACCUACAUGACUCCACCCAUACGGGUUUCAUCUCACUGACAGAGUUUGGUGUUCCGAAACUUGUAUGGGUGGAGUAAUGUAGGCGAUAGACCCGUCAACCAACCAACCAACUGUAUGUGGUCAUUACACACUAGAUGACCACAUACAGAUCCUAGUCAAUCAAUUAUAGUGGCAGUAGGCCUAGUCAUUGUACAUGUGCAAUACAGCAGAAAAUCUACUUUCUAUUUGCAGAGGGAUUUUUCAACAGUUCAAUAGACAGGUGUAUAUUGUUUGUUUAGUAUUACAAGGACAAAUGUAAGAGGCGAAACCUGAUUAACAAAGCAUAUGUUCCAGAUGGCUCAACUCAUUUACCCCUGAAGACACAUUUGAACUCUUCCAAUACAAAGGUUGGAAUAGUUCAUUAUGAAAUUUCAGGGGUGAAUGAGUUAAACAUCAUUGUUAAGCAUUGUUAUUGGUGAACAGUGAACUAGUGGUUUAUUUAAUUGUUAUGAUCGUUAUGUUUUGAAACAAUGAAAUACCAGUGCUCCUGUCUGUAUUAAAUUACUUUGAAAC